AUGUGUAUAUUUAUUAUAGAGAAGAUGAAUAUUGGUGAUGCAGUAGACUUGAUACAGUAUUCAGAAUCAGAAUGGAAGGGUGAUACACAAAAAGCUGUAGUAAUAAAACAGGCUUACAAAGAAUUACCAUCCAUUACCAACUGUAACAAUAUACGAGCGAUAAGGGGAGAUAAUUACUGUGCAAUACGAGGUUGUGUUUAUCAAAUGUUAACAUGUGGUAGUAUGGACGCUAGUAAAUUACCGGGCAUGAUGUGUAUUAUUGACACUUUACAUGAACUAUAUGAAGAUCCCUCAUCAGGCCUGUCACAAUGGACGUUUGCUAAUAGAUUGAAAUGUACCGGUGAAAAUAAACUUUCUACAUUGUGUCGAUGUGUUUUAACUCUUUUUAGUAAGUUAUCUACAUAUAAAGAAAGAGAAGAAAUGACCUUGAACUUGUUAAAUGCACAUCCUGACACAGACAUAGAAAUAAUGGAGGGUGUCAAACUGCUAAUGUUAGUAAAAGCUGUUGAAUUGUUUCGUGAUAACCAAAAAGGAAAAGAUUUACCAAUAUUUGCUAACUUGAUGUUUGCUAGAGAUACUUCAGAUUCUAUCAGUAAAUUUGUCUUGAAUCAUCUCAAUCCUGUUGGUGAUUCUUCUGGUCUUGAACAGGUUGAAAUGUGUUUAUUAGGACAGACAAUAAGUACUAUUAUCAGAGUUGCCAGACUUUCUCAUUUUGGAGCAGAAGAUUUUCUAUGUGAUUUUCCUAGUAGAGAGAAUGAUUGGCCUAGUAUAUAUUUAUUAGCUGAAGAUGAUAGACAUUAUAAUGUGCCUACCCCUUAA